UCAGACGCUGAUUCAGUGCUCAACUGGACUCCGCCACCAGCACUUUUGUUUUAUACCACAACCAUGAAACUCCCCAAUGUUAUUAUCAUUACAAAGUAUUGACUGUUGACACAGGUUCACAAACCAAACACUGUGCCUCUGAGAUAAGGAGAUCAUUUCCAAGAAAUAGCAUUGCAUAAUUUCCAAAUUGUGCAAAAUUUAUUUCUAGGCUGUCAAGGACUUUAGCCAUUAGAAUGAAAGAUUCUCCUCUGUUCCUUCGACUUAUAUGUAAAGACGUUAGCUGAUAAAGGGUCUGUUUCUUAAACAGUGCUUCAGUAUUACCUUGGAGGGAUAUUUUAAAGAGCUCUAGUGUCUUGAUGUGAAAUUUCAAAUGUAGUUGUGAAAGUGUGUGAUGUCACAGCUAAGCCCCUCCCACCCCUAUAGCCAGUGGUCUUUUCUUGCAACAAGACAUCUGACAGAGGACACCUUGCUUUCCCUUCAUCUAUGUUUGACUAUAGCCACUGUAAAACACUAAAAAUAUCUCACAUAUCUACAACAUGCAAUUAAUAAUUAGAUAAAGUAAUGCUUGUAAUUGUAUGCAGUCCAUAUUACGUUUUAUAGUAAUAAUAUUAACAAUCUAGGCUUCAAAAGUCCAGAGCUCCUUAGAUGAUAGAUGACUUGUGUUCCCUGUCAGGGAUAAACAUUACACUGCAAACUGGUCGCUUAUUUACCAGCCCUCAGUUUUCCUUGUCUAAAAACUGCCUCUGAGUCAUAAAAAGCUCUACGUCUACUUUGUUUAUGAUGCCUGGGAGUGUUUCCUGGAUAAGGAGCGGCCUGGUCUGCAUAUUGUAGAUUAUUACAGGUUUCUGAGCAACACACAUUACUGUUGAGACAAAGGUUUGGAAGAGCAUAAUGUUUCUCAGGUGUCAGAUCUUGCAUGUGUUGAUCUGGGCUUGGACAGAAUCAGAAACAUGAAUUUGACCAGUGAUGGUGAGACCUGUUGGACAUGCUCGGGAUAGAGAAUCUGCCUAAAUUGGCUGGUCCAUUCUUACAGACUGUGUCUCUAGAGCGGAAGAGUCCAGCUGCCAUGAUUCAGCAGUUGGAGCAAGAACAUGGAGGUGGCAUGACAAAAGAUCUGACCAAAAACAGAAAGGUUGUCAUGCCAAGUUGGACUGAAGAUGAAGAAAUAAAGGAAUUAAAACAGUCUUACAGCAGGAAUAAGGUCCGGACGACCAAGUACACCUUUCUAUCAUUCAUCCCCAAGAAUCUUUUUGAGCAACUUCAUCGUUUUGCCAAUGUAUACUUCAUCUUUUUGGGCGCAUUGAACUUUGUGCCUAUUGUAAAUGCAUUCCAGCCGGAGAUCUCGAUCAUUCCUAUUGUCUUUGUGAUGUCCAUAACUGCUGUUAAAGACCUUUGGGAGGACCAACGUCGGAGGAAGUCUGACCAACAGGUCAAUAACCUCUUAUGUGAUGUCUUUGACAGGUAAACGCAUGAAACUUUCUGAAUGUCAUAAUUGAAAAUAUAUGUAUAGCACACACAGUCUACAGCUGCAUAAGACAUUUUGUACUUUUACCAUGUGGCACUGCAGCUGAUAUCUGCUCUGUGGAUCAUAGUAUAGUGCAUAUAUAGUUAAAGUAUUAUUUAACCUAGCUUUGAGGUGUCUUGCCCCAGAUAUUUCACUUUUGACAGUUUCUUGAUCCCAACACCGGCUUGUUCCUUAAACAGUCAGAUGUGUGGCUUCAUAACUUCAUGGGAUGUGCCAAAUCCAAUAAACAUUGAUUUUUCCAAAUACAGUCAUUUGGAUUUGCAUGGUAAAGUGUCAGAGUUCCACUGUUUCUUUAAAUUUGUGUUGUUAAAACUGCUAAACCAUAGUUGGUGGGCUCGUAUGUCUAUUUCUAAUCUGUAUCCUGUGCUGUAACCCGUGUGCGUCAUUUUUUAUUAGCGUAGCUGUUAGUCAGUGGUUAGCAUGAUGUAUAGCUGUUAUCGAACGGUUUGUCCUUUAUAAUUGAGUGAAUAUCUCUUGAUCAGAGG